CGGGGCUCCGGGCAUCUCCCCCCUCCCCGUCCUCCGCCCCGGUGACCCCUCCCCAGGACGCCGCGGGGGCCAUGGCUACGGGACCCGAACUUUAAACACUUCUCCGGGACCGGGCGGAUGCGCAAACCUAGCAAGGCCAGCUCCACCAUGGACUGUAGCUGCGUCUCCGACCUUCUCUUCACCCCACCUGCCCUGCCGGCUCUCUGGACCCCUGGGUUUGCCUUCCCGGAUUGGGCCUACAAGCCCGAGUCGUCCCCUGGCUCGAGGCAGAUCCAGCUGUGGCACUUUAUCCUGGAGCUGCUGCGGAAGGAGGAGUACCAGGGGGUCAUCGCCUGGCAGGGGGACUACGGGGAAUUCGUCAUCAAGGACCCGGAUGAGGUGGCCCGGCUCUGGGGCGUCCGCAAGUGCAAGCCCCACAUGAACUACGACAAGCUGAGCCGGGCCCUGCGCUACUACUACAACAAGAGGAUUCUCCACAAGACCAAAGGGAAGAGGUUCACCUACAAGUUCAACUUCAGCAAAGUUGUGCUUGUCAACUACCCACUGUUGGAUGUGGCAGCAGCCACCACGGGAUCCCCACUCUUGCUGACUCCCAGUCCCUUUGCGGGGGGACCUGGGCCAGAUGCUCCUCCCCUCACCCCAGAGACCCUGCAGACCCUGUUCUCUGCCCCACGCUUGGGAGAGCCAGGGGCCCGGGCGCCCCUGUUCACCCCUGAGACGGACAAACUGCGUCUGGACAGUCCUUUCCCAUUCCUGGGCUCCGGUGCCACCAGCUACUCCAAGCCCCCGGGCUUGCUGGGUCCUUACAGCCGAGCUUUCCCGGAGUACCCCUGGAACUUUAACCCCUACCUCGCCGGCCCCUUCCCCAAGCUGCCUCCUUCUCUCUAUCCCCCCCACUUCUACCCCAACCCUCUGGCCAGCUCCCUGGGCCACCUGCCCUCGGCAGGGGCAGGGGGAGGCCCCACAACCACACCUCUCCUGGCUGCCACGGGGGAGGGCCUGGGCCCCGAGCGCCCCUCGGGCCUGGCAGCAGCCCCUCGCCUGGCACUGCCAGGGGCUGGGGGUCCAGAGGCUGCUCUGGGCGGGAAGGAGGACAGCGACUCGGAGCUGGAGAUCACGGAUGUCAGCGGCUGCAGCUCUGACAGUGAGGGCGACGAGGGCCUCCCCGUGCCCCCCAAGUCCAAGAUGGGCAAAGGGGGAGUUGGCAGCUGAGCCGGCAUGGGGUGAUGGAUUCUGCCGGGGCAGGGACCAGGGCUACCACCCGUGCAGCCUCUUCCUUCGUCUGGUCUGCCCUCGAUGUCCUGCCAGAGGCUGGGGCUCAGCCCUUGGCCCCUCCCAGGGCCGGGCACAUGGCUGUCCCUGUCUUCUUCUCCAACCCCAGGUUGGGGGUCUCACCUUCCCCUCCAGAGAGGGGAAGGAACAUGAUGGCCUCCAGCCUCCUCCCAGGCUCCAGUUUGAGGGGGGUCCCUGUCCGGCCCCACUCCUGAAGUGCAAUAUGGUGCCCAGCCUCCCCUCCCCCCUCCCCCCCACGCUGUGACCUGUGUGU